AGCAUCGAUUGAUACAUCUUGUGAGGGGGACCUCCAAGUGGGUAAAGGAGAUGACGUAACAAUCACUUUGCCACAUAUUCCAGGUUCAACUCCACCAAUGACUGUGUUUAAAGGAAAUAAAAGGCCCUAUCAGAAGGACUGUGUGCUUAUUAUCAAUCAUGACACUGGGGAAUAUGUGCUGGAAAAACUUAGUAGCAGCAUUCAAGUCAAGAAAACAAGAGCAGAGGGCAGCAGCAAGAUCCAAGCCCGAAUAGAACAGCAGUCUGCCCGAGCAUCACAGCCUCCUUCGCAGUUCAGAGCCCCAACCAAGCCAGCAGUUGGACCUAAAACUUCUCCUUUGAAAGAUAAUCCUUCGCCUGAGCCUCAGCUGGAUGACAUUAAGAGAGAGCUGAGAGCAGAGGUUGAAAUUAUUGAGCAGAUGAGCAGCAGCAGUGGAAGCAGCUCAUCGGAUUCAGAGAGCUCAUCUGGGAGUGAAGAUGAAAGCUCCAGCAGUGAGGGGGAAGAGCCAGCACAUGUGUCCCCUUCCCAGCCACCGCACCAGCAGUAUAACAACAGGAAUGCUAUUGCUAAUGGCACCAGCAGGCCACAAGGAAGCAAUCAGCUCAUGAAUACGCUUCGAAAUGACUUGCAGUUGAGCGAGUCUGGGAGCGACAGUGAUGACUAGAGGCUGAGCUUUUGCUGCUUCUGUUACAUAUACAUGAAGAACUAAUUUACCUUGAAGUGAUCCCAUUGCUUAGGAAGAGGAGCUGGCGCAGAGAUAGUUCCAUGUGUGGAAUUUUAAAAGAAGAAAUGCAUAGCCCUACAAAAUAGGAGAUGUAGAGGGCUGUUUUACUUUGUGAAUUAAGUGUACAUUUUGUGUAUAUUCUUAUUCUUUUAAAGCUUUAAAUAGAUAUGUACAGUGGGUAAGCCAAUAUAUGUUCCUAUGUUCCUGUCUGUCAUCUGGAAGUUUAACAUGUAACUUUAUGAUGUCAUCUAAAAACUUCUUGUUUGUAGAAGAUACUCAGCCCAUCAUGACUUAUGGGGGGGACUCUGCUGCUCUUGUAUAUAGGAUAAGUGUGAGCCAACAAUGAGUUUAAAAGAACACGCAGGAGCUAGUGUGUGCACUGAAGCGGGACCGUCAUAAAUUAAGUUUCAGAGCUAAGUUGAUUUCUUUGGUUUGGGACUUUUCUAAUAUCUUUCUAUUGCUAUUUAUGGUUGAUUUAAUGGACUUACUUUUAAACAGUUGGGAAAGAGAAAUCAUAAAACCAUGUUCGUCACAAACCUUGCUGCACCAGUGCCUUACAAGCAGGUUUUUUAAACAGAGCUUCAGUUCCUGCCACCUUUCCCAUAGGGAGCAAUACUGAAAACCCCUUCACGUUGCUUUUGCAAACAAGAGCUGUAUUUCACGUGCAGCCAACUGUUCUCUGAAGGUAGUUACCCUAGCAAGAGAAGGUAAGGCGUAUACAUCAGUCACCUGAACGCAUCCAAAUGAGAACCGGAUCAGCAUUUUCUUGUGCAACUGAAGUGUCUCAUUUAACUCAGCCGUUCAGACCUAGUCUUCAGAAAUAUUUAGGAGCCCGAUCAAGUACAAGACACAAAUUGGGUUUCCUGAAAUUGUAAGAUCAGAGCCUUGUUUGCAGUUUCCUAGAGAACAUGUAAAGAAGAGAUGACUAAACAAUUGUGAAACAGCAGAAGUCUCUCUCCCACCACAGUUGUCCAGGUAGACUUUAGUUCAUACUGUUUGCUGGACGGGAUCUCUCUGCUUGGCAGGAUUAUACAGAACAUGAAAUAUUUGCCUAGGGUGAAAUUCACCCCUGUUUAAGUGGGUUUAAAGGGUGCUUAGUUGGAUUAUCAUUAACUUUUUUUUUCUCGCAUGGAAAAUGAGUGCCACAGGCAGCCUCUUAUAGCUUGAACAACAGGCUGACUUUUUAAAACCAACAUUCAGCCGGCAUAGGACAAGUGGCGCUGUACUUGUGGUGUAAUCCAGGGGAGUGGAAAGCUGACUUGGAUGCCUCUCCAUUCUUAAGUGUCUGCUUUGCAUCACUUUUGUCUGUCAGUUUGUGGUUUAACUCCUGUUUGUUUACUGAGAACUUUCCUUUUUUUUUUUUUUUUUUUUAAGGUGUUGAAGAGCAAGGGGACAUUUGAAAGGAGAUUUUAUUAAAUGGUUUCUUUUUUUGCAUUAGAUAGAUAUUUAGGCAUAUUUUUGGAUUAUUGUACAUACAUUUAAAAAUACUUGGUUUUUUUAAAGUGUUUUAUGAUGUGGGUACAUAUUUAUCAGACAAUUAUGAAAUAUACUUGAUGUAAAGCCACAAUUGCUCUCCUUUUUUUCCACUUUUUUACAGCAGAAGUACUCUGUUCUAACAAGCUUGUACCAAUUUGGGAUUUUACACUCUGGUGCAGGAGAUCUGCAUGGUAGUUGGCAGUCUAAUUAAUGCUAAUACUGCUCCUGACUUUUCCCAGCUUAAGAUUUGAAUAAGCAGGGAGACAUUUCUCUGAUGCCAUUUCCCCGUUACUGGAGCUUAUUCCUGAGUUCUGUUGACGUUAUUUGUGCUUAAAUGGAAAAGCAGCAGUGCAGCAUUUUCGUUGCUUAUCAGUCACUCGCUGGUCAUGCAUUCUAAAAUACAGGACAUGUCAUAGGAAGUUUACUAAUUAUGUGUAAGUAAAAUACAUGAAACUUAAGAGGAUAAGGCAGCACCAGGCUACAUCAUUGAUUUGAAUCGCCAAUUUAAUUAUGAUUUAGAUCAGCAAGUGGGAAAGCUUCAUUCAGAUAAUCAAUUUUUGCCUUGUUUUGUAUUUGUACUCUAGGUCACAUUUCCCUGCUAUCCCUCCAUAAAAUGUUUCCUCCUCACUCUGUUGGUAACAAAAUUGACAUUUCUUCACGCAAUUGCAUACAGCUUUUAAACUACAUUUGGCCAUCUGUCGCGCACCCUGGAGAAGUGUCAUAUCAAGGGUGGCCAGCCUGUUGUUCCUGAGCUGUUCUGCUGCACAUCCCACACCCAGACUACAGCAUCUGGCUGUCCACGGGGCCGGCAAGCAACGCCGUGUCCCGCAGCCCGCUCAUGGGUGCAAGCAGGACAGUCCCUGCACCUGUGUGACCAGCCCGUCCCCUCCCUGCCACUGUGUCCCGAGCGGCUCCUGGCACCUCCUGCCAGAGCAGCUCUCUGGGAUCUCCACCUUUCCCACAGCUCUCACAGGUACGCGGCACGUGCUUUCGUGAAGGUGAACCGUGCGGAGGCUUCAGUAGGGAACUCGUAAGAGCAGAAAGGGUGGCUGCCGGUUUUGUUCCUUUUUCUAAAUACGCAUGAGUGUGUUUUAAAGCCAUUGCCAGCCUCACGUUUUGAUUGGGGCUUUUAAAAUUUUAUGUUUCAUAUGUUCAGAAAUGGGAAAAGUUGUCUAUCUGCUCCUAUUAGAUGGCUGUUCAUUUCUUCGUGAUUUGCGGCAAGUUUUAUUCAGAUGGAAACUGGAUUAGUUAGUUCCAACAGUUAGUUGGAAUUCUUUUAAUUAGUUGGCAAUAUCUUUAACAUGCUGGAGAAAUAAAUUGACUAAAAUAUGUUUUGAUUAAACCUGGUAAUGAAACAAAGUAUUCCUGAUUAUUCCUGUCUGGUUCUAAUCCCGCAGGAUGUUAGCACUAGCAGAUCUUACCACCUUACCGCUACUUUUUCCACAUAAAGUAGGAACAUCUUUC